CGAUCUUUUGGGAAUUUUGCCUGGUAAUCCCAGCCUCGGAGGCUCGGAGCCCUCCAUAUGCCGCCUUCCCCACUCGGGAUCUUCUGUAGCCGCAGGCUCGACUACAGAGUUUAGUUCCACAAGCUACAAAAUUCGGCUCGCCAUUGGCUUGCAAGGUGGAGAAGUGAGCCGUGGACGCUGCCCCCCACUUCUCAUCGCCCUCUUUUUAAUUUGCGACGAUCUUUGGGGUGGUGAGCGGAGGAGGAUUUCUAACUGGAUGGUGAAGUUGUCAGGUGAAAAGGACGGGCGCGACGAAUCCGACCAUCGAUCCAACGCCGAGCGCGCGUUGGAGGAGGGACCUGCCAGGCCCCACCUGCAGUGAGAGACUAUAGAUAGAUGCCUUCCUCUCUCGAUCACCUGAUGGCUGAUGCCUUCGCCGCCGUCUUCGCCUGCCGCUGCCGCUGCUACUACUAGUUGCCUUGCUCGCUUCCCCCCCUCUCGCCCCAGCCGCUUCCGCCCUCUCCCUUCCGUUUCCUUCCCAACUCCCAAUUCCCAACCCUGGAUCCAAAUCCCAAGCUAUCCCGGAACCGAUACGGAGGGGCGCAAGCAAUUAUUAGCUGGCUAGCCCGGCCUGUAGCUCCGAGAUCAUGAAGCGCGAGUACCAAAACGCCGGCGGGAACGACGGCUACAGGGGCUCCUCCAAGGACAAGUCGAUGGCGGCGGCGGCGGGGGCAGGGGAGCAGGAGGAGGAGGUGGACGAGCUGCUGGCGGCGCUCGGGUACAAGGUGCGUUCGUCGGAUAUGGCGGACGUCGCGCAGAAGCUAGAGCAGCUCGAGAUGGCCAUGGGGAUGGGCGGCGCCUGCCCCACCGCUGAUGACGGGUUCGUCUCGCACCUCGCCACGGACACCGUGCACUACAAUCCCUCCGACCUGUCGUCCUGGGUCGAGAGCAUGCUGUCCGAGCUCAACGCGCCCCCGCCGCCGCUCCCACCCGCGACGCCGGCACCAAGGCUGGCGUCCACCUCGUCCACCGUCACAAGUGGCGCCGCCGCCGGUGCCGGCUACUUCGAUCUCCCGCCCGCCGUCGACUCGUCCAGCAGUACCUACGCUCUGAAGCCGAUCCCCUCGCCGGUGGCGGCGGCGUCGGCCGACCCGUCCCCGGACUCGGCGCGGGAGCCCAAGCGGAUGCGAACUGGCGGCGGCAGCACGUCGUCGUCCUCUUCCUCGUCGUCAUCCAUGGACGGCGGCCGCACUAGGAGCUCCGUGGUCGAAGCUGCCCCGCCGGCGACGCAGGCGGCCAACGGGCCGGCGGUGCCGGUGGUGGUGGUGGACACGCAGGAGGCCGGGAUCCGGCUGGUGCACGCGCUGCUGGCGUGCGCGGAGGCCGUGCAGCAGGAGAACUUCUCUGCGGCGGACGCGCUGGUGAAGCAGAUCCCCGUGCUGGCCUCGUCGCAGGGCGGCGCCAUGCGCAAGGUCGCCGCCUACUUCGGCGAGGCGCUCGCCCGGCGCGUGUAUCGCCUCCGCCCGGCACCGGACGGCUCCCUCCUCGACGCCGCCUUCGCCGACCUCCUGCACGCGCACUUCUACGAGUCCUGCCCCUACCUCAAGUUCGCCCACUUCACCGCGAACCAGGCCAUCCUCGAGGCUUUCGCCGGGUGCCGCCGCGUCCACGUCGUCGACUUCGGCAUCAAGCAGGGGAUGCAGUGGCCGGCUCUCCUCCAGGCCCUCGCCCUCCGCCCCGGCGGCCCCCCGUCGUUCCGUCUCACCGGCGUAGGCCCGCCGCAGCCCGACGAGACCGACGCCCUGCAGCAGGUGGGCUGGAAGCUCGCCCAGUUCGCGCACACCAUCCGCGUCGACUUCCAGUACCGUGGCCUCGUCGCCGCCACGCUCGCUGACCUGGAGCCGUUCAUGCUGCGACCGGAGGGCGGCGGCGACACGGACGACGAGCCCGAGGUGAUCGCCGUAAACUCGGUGUGCGAGCUGCACCGGCUGCUCGCGCAGCCCGGUACACUCGACAAGGUCCUGGGCACCGUGCGCGCGGUGCGGCCGAGGAUCGUGACGGUGGUGGAGCAGGAGGCCAACCACAACUCCGGCACAUUCCUCGACCGCUUCACGGAGUCGCUGCACUACUACUCCACCAUGUUCGACUCCCUCGAGGGCGCCGGCUCAGGCUCCGGCUCCGGCUCCGGCUCCGGCCAGCCCACCGACGCCUCCCCGCCGGCCGGCACGGACCAGGUGAUGUCCGAGGUGUACCUCGGCCGGCAGAUCUGCAACAUCGUGGCGUGCGAGGGCGCCGAGCGCACGGAGCGCCACGAGACGCUGGUCCAGUGGCGCGGCCGCCUCGGCGGGUCCGGGUUCGAGCCCGUGCACCUGGGAUCCAACGCCUACAAGCAGGCAAGCACGCUGCUGGCCCUCUUCGCCGGCGGCGACGGGUACAGGGUGGAGGAGAAGGACGGGUGCCUGACUCUGGGAUGGCAUACGCGCCCGCUCAUCGCCACCUCGGCGUGGCGCGUCGCCGCUCCGUGACGUGCCCACCGUCCGGCACAGCACAGCACAGCACAGCACAGUGGAAGCUAAGACGUCAGUGAACGCUGCUGAACUGCAGAUAGCGACUGUGGGGCCACAACGGUCCUCGCCGGAGCGACGAGAUGGACACUUGGAGUCCGACCGGAUCGGCCUGUGUUCGUUCCUGUUUCCGGUCCCCCUCUCUCUUCCCCGUUGUUCCUUCAACCCGUCAACUAUGGUAGCCCUGCUACGUUUAAAUGUGUAUUACUAUUACGUGUAAUUCCUCCAAGCGCUGAUAUCCAAUAAGGACGAACCGGAUUUCGUUAGCUCGAAUGAGAAUUUUGUA